AUGUAUGAUUACAUAAUGCUUGUAUGUUUGUUCAUUUUGACAGAGUUUGUUGACUUGCAAACAGAAAAAUCAGAUUUAAUCGAUAACGUUGGAGCCAUACCUUUCCUGGAUUACAAGCACUUUGCCUCAAAAAUCUUUUUUCCUGAGGCUGGUACUCUGGCAGCCGUCAUGAUCAGAGACAUUGGGCAGGACUCUGAGAAGACGACUGUAGAUGAGAAAUGUCAGGCUUUUGCCACACUGAUCAGAGAUAAGCAGUUUCUCAGUUGUUUCGUGCACGCGUUAGAGGAACAGAAGAACUUCAGCAUAAAAGACAAAUGUACAGUGGCAUCUCUGUUGACUUUGGCGCUCCAUGGAGACCUGCUUUAUCUUACAGAGGUAAUGGAGGACCUUCUGCAGAGUCUGAUGGACCAGUCCAGCAAUGCAAAUCCCAAACUUCUCCUGCGCCGCACAGAGUCCAUAGUGGAGAAGCUUCUGACCAACUGGAUGUCCAUCUGUCUGUAUGGCUUUCUCAGGGAAUCAGUAGGACAGCCUCUCUUCCUGUUGGUGUCAGCUCUGACUCAGCAAAUCUCAAAAGGCCCAGUGGAUUCGGUGACAGAGAGAGCUCUGUACACACUCAACGAGGACUGGCUUCUCUGCGAAGCGCAGAACUUUGAGGCCCUGAAACUGAAGGUGGUGUUUGCUGUGGGGACUGGAGGAGAGGUCAGUGAACACUUAGAGGUCAACGCAUUGACUUGUGACACAAUACAACAGGUCAAGGAGAAAAUCUUACAGACCUUCCAGCGCAAGUUUGGUUUCCCCUUCCAGCCGAUCAGGAAUAUAGAAAUCGAAUAUGAAAAGGAAGGGCAGUUUGUCAUGCUACAGGAAGUUGAUGAGACCUCAGAGAUUCGAGGGCAUGUCACCAUGUUGAACACUCUAAAGCAUUAUCAGGUUGGAGAUGGAGCAUGCAUUAAAGUUAUCACAACAAAUGUACAUGCCCCGUUGAGGUCUCAGAGCAGUGUGAAGGAUGAUGAGAACUUUGCUGUCAAGUACUUUCAUCUGGUUGAUCCAGAUAUUGAUAUAGACUUGAGCAAACAUCCAGAGAAAAAAGCACUAAAAUUCAAAGAGAUGUACCUCACCAAGCUGCUCUCCACCAAGGUGGCAGUCCAUUCUUUUGUGGAGAAUCUGUUCAGGAGCAUCUGGGGACUAUUACCUAACAACAAGGCCCCAUUGGCAGUCAAGUACUUUUUUGACUUCCUAGAUGCACAAGCAGAGAGAAAAAAAAUCACAGAUCCAGAUGUUCUUCACAUCUGGAAAACAAACAGCCUUCUGCUUCGUUUCUGGGUGAACAUCCUGAAGAACCCUAACUUUGUGUUCAGUGACAUGGAAAAGACGCCUCACCUGGAUGGCUGUCUGUCCGUCAUCGCUCAGGCCUUCAUGGACUCGUUCUCCCUAGCUGAGCAACACCUGGGAAAGCAUUCACCAACCAAUAAGCUACUCUACGCCAAAGACAUCCCUCAGUACAAACAAGAAGUGAAGUCGUAUUACAACUUAGUGAAGGACCAGACUUCUAUUAGCAACCAAGAGCUGAAAACAUUUCUUCAAGAAGAGUCAAAGAAACAUCAAAAUGAGUUCAAUGAAUCCGCAGCUCUGCGUGAACUCUGCAAAUACAUGCUCCGCUACUUCAGUGAGGUUUCUGCGAAACUGGAACAGACAGAUGCCCCCGAAAGGUUGAAAGAGGACAUGCAGAACGUGAAGGAGCUUUUUGAAAACAUGAAGCGAAGUGGUUGGUGUUGAAAGUCCUGAUCUUGUUAUUCAAAUGGCUAUUCACACUGCAUUUGGUUUAUUUUAAGCUGGUCAUUAAACUAGACGCAUCUCCCUCAUCAUCAGCCAUGUAUUAAAAAAAAGACAGAUUCACUUCUGUUUACUGGACACUGUAGAGACCAAGUGAAUGUAAUGUAUAUUGAUGAAUUUUUGAGAGGAACUCAUUGUUGAGCUUAUAUUGGACUAACACCGAGCUGCCUAUACAGUACAUCUCAAACCCAUGACUUUGUAAUGCACUGCAAUGCAAAACUGAAUGAUUUAUAUGGUUUAAUUAGAUUUUUCUGCUUUUUAAAACAUGUAUUAUUUUACUACAGAAUCUGCCUCUAAUGCAUUUAUCUGCCAUGUCCAGCACUGAAUGUUCCUCUUUUUUGAGGAUAUUAUUCUUGUAAUUUGCAUAUAUUAUUGAAGUGUGUAUAGUUUUAUGUGGUGAGACGCCUCUUACAGCGUUUUCACUGGUCAAAUGUGUUCCUUUGUCGCCCUCUAUUGGUUAUACUAGUUUGUAUAACUACUUGCAUUAGACAAUUUCAGGAGCAAUUAGAGACAAUUUUAAGGACAGAAAUGAUGUAUUAAUGAAUUUACAUUAUCCAUAAGGAGUAAUACUCAGAACGAUUGCCAGUAUAUUUUUAAAUGUUAGGGGAGAUAUAUAAAAGUAUGCAGAGAGAGUGAAUUUGUAUGGUGUUUUGUUAUUUUCUUUCUUUUUCUAAUCUAAUGUAUGACUUCUAAUAUAUUGAUAGGGUUAGGUUUACUAUUUGCCCAUUUUUGUUGAUGAGUAUGACAUUUCAGAAUAAUGAUAAAUAAAUGAAUUAUAAUUGUUGUA